GUCCGGGACAGAGCUCCAGCGACAGCCUGCAGAGGGUGGAGCUGACGGCGCAGCAGCGACCGGACGGAGCCGACGACCCGUCUGUUGAGUGAAGAUGGCUGAUGUGGAGCUGGUGAGGAAGAUGCUUCGGGCUGUUCUCCAGGCCAACAAAGGCGGAGUGUCCUUGUCCCGAUUGAAGUCAGAGUACAAGGAGCUAACUGGGGAGCAAAUACCAUACAAACAGAUGGGACACAACCACCUGGACUCACUGCUAUCCAGCAUGCCUUCUUUAGUACGCGUGGAGCGAAACUUCUCUGGAGAGACACUGUGUUUUGCCUCUGGGGCUGAAGAGACGACCCAGUUAGCCAAAGUGGUGGCUCGUCAGCGCAGCUCCAAGAAAACAGGCCGACCCCACGUGGUCAACACCCAAAUGAGGGUCAAACCAGCUGCCCCUUUCGUUCUCAAUGCCAAACCUCAAACCUCUCUGAGACAGCCGAACCACCGCGGACGAGGCGUUGGGAGAGGAGGAGGAGGCGGAGGUCGAGGGACGGGACAUGGAGACUUCAGGCAGGCCAGAGACAUGAGGGAUGGCCCUUCAGAAGGCAAGACCGGGACACAUUCCAACAAGAUGUCCGGUCAGAACACACAUAGCCGGAGAGGGAACCCGCCUGCAGAGAAAUCAGAGAAGAGGAUGACCCUCCCAUCAAGGUUUCAGAAGGAGGUGCAUGCUCACCUUUCCAGAAACUCCCAACCGAGUGGUACACCCUUGAACCUAAAGGAAUGCCUCAUCUCAGGGAAAGUAAAGCCCUACAACCCCCAGCAGGUCCAGACCCACAUCAGGGAGAUACUUGGGAUGUACAAUAACGGCUUCUGGGUUUCAAAGCUGCCCCAGAUCUACAAAGAGCUGUACAAACAGGACCUGCCCACUGAGGCCAUCAAAGACCUGGAGGAGUGGACUCAUAUAUGCACUGUAGAGAAAACCACCAGCAGCAACACAUCAGAGCUGUUACUCUACCCUGCCAAGGAACAGAACACUGCAUCCUCCCCUUCUCUCAUAUCUAUUCCAGACGCCCCCUCUUCCCCUGUCCCUACUUCAACGCCCCCCACAGACAAACCAAUAUAUUCCUUUACCCAGCACGGACCCACCAGCACCCAUCAGACUUGCUCUAGCUCACCUUCUUCUAAGUCGCCACCAUCCUCUGCGUCACCCAGCCCCCCCUCCUCCCCUGCCACUCUCAGCCCCGACCUGAAGUUGAAAUUGGAGGUGCUGCUGGUUAAGUACUCCAAUGGACUGUGGGCCCAUGCAUUGCCUAAGCUCUUCCAGGACACUUAUAAAAUCAAACUGCCUAAACAUGUCCUGGAGAACCUUCACCUCCUCUCGGAUAUCUGCACUGUGGACUACCCGAUGCCAGACAACCCCAAGAGAGCCAUUUUGUACCGACAGAGCAGCAGUGGGUGUGGAGAAGAAGAGGAUAAGAACUGUAAUAAGGGGAAAUCUGCACAUACUGAGGAGGAGUUGAGGGUGACGCAUGAGAUUGGGAGAAGGUUCAGUUAUCAGGCCGUGCCCUCUGUGCAGAUCCCCAAAGAGGAGUACCCAUCUGUGUUGGUGGUGGAGGCAACUAACACCAAUGGGGUUAUAAUAAGGUACAUCGGUGAGGGUUAUUCCCAGGCUCAGGAGUCAAUGGAGGAUGACAUGAGGGACUUUUAUGGUUUGAACCAAAGCAGUCCUUCUCCUGUUUCCUCUCCAUUCUCGGGGCAGCUGGUGGCUGUAAGGGCUGAGGAAGAGGAGGAGAUUCUACGGGCGCAAGUAUGUGAGGUCAUGGCAGACAAGGUCAAGGUGUACUAUGUGGAUCAUGGCUUCUCAGAGAUGGUGUGCAAAACUAAAGUGUUGGAGCUGAAUGAGAAGUUUUUCCAACUGCCUUUCCAGGCAACCAAGUGUAAACUAGCAGGCUUGGAGCCAUUCUGUCAGGAGCCUGCAGUGCUAAAGACCCUUGAGAUAACAGCCAGUGGAAAGAUCCUUUUGGCUGAGAUCCUGGAGCGAGGGGAGACUCCAUUUGUUGUUUUGUAUGACACAUCACAAGAUGAUGACGUCAACAUUAACGCCAUCUGUAUGAAAGCGCUGCAGGACAAGACGCUCACCAGCCCAGUGCAGGUCAACAGUGCCUACAUGAACGUGACUGUAGGCAGUGUCUGCUCCGAUGGAACCAUCUUCUGCCAGCUCCCCUCCAGAGGCCUCGCCAAGCUGAAUGAGAUUCUGGACAACAUAGACAGAUACUUCCACUCGCAGGUUACAUCUGAGUUCCUGGUAUCCAGACCCUUCUGUGGUAAAGAAUGCCUGGCUCGCUAUAAAGGCAGAUGGUCCCGUGUGGAGAUCACCAACCUCCAUGGCAGCAGAGUGCUGGACAUCCUGUUCAUUGAUGUGGGUGUUCAGGCUUCUGUAGAGGUCUUUGAGCUGAGAGAGAUCCCACAGUCAUUUCUACGUGACCUUAUCGUGAUCCCACCCCAGGCUGUGAAGUGCUGUCUAGCAGACCUGGCUGUCAGUGUUGGAUCCUGGAGUCCAGAUGCUAUCCAGUGGCUACGAGAGAAAGUCCUAAACACCACAGACUGCAGCAUAAAGGUCGCCAAGGUAGAUGAAACCAAAGGUUGCAUAUAUGUCCACCUUUUCACCGACAAGAACUUCCACGACAUCACCCGCAGCCUCAACCAUCACAUGGUCCAGUCUGACCUCUUCAAACGAAAACCAGAUGUUUUCCUGACAAGCCACAGCCCUGCCAAGAUAUCCACACCCAAUUUAUCUUCAAAGACUUCCACAACCAGUGAAUCAACUAAUGGGAGUCCAGCAUCAUCUUCUGUUUCAACCAAUCCCCAUCUGAAGCGGGCUCUAUCAGGACCCAGAGGAGGGGGCGGUGGCGGCGGAGGAGGCAACACAACCACCACAAGCCUACCCGAGACACCAUCAUUGUCUUUCUCUCCCUUUCAGCUUCCACCUUCUCUGGAGCUCCCCCCAGCAGGAAGCAACAUGGAUGUUUAUGUAUCAGUUGCUUGCCAUCCAGGCCACUUUGUGCUGCAGCCCUGGAGAGAUAUGUACAAACUGGUGGUGUUAAUGGGAGAGAUGAUUCUCUACUACAACAAAAGUGAGGAGAAACUACUCAACAUAGAGAAACAUCGGAUAUAUGCUGCUAAAGUGGAGAACAACUGGCAUCGUGUGUUGGUGAAAGGAAUUCUAUCCAAUGGUUUGGUGUCUGUGUACGAGCUGGACUAUGGUAAACACGAGCUGGUGGGCUGCUCCCAGCUCAAACCUUUGAUUAAAGAGUUCACACAGCUGCCGUUUCAGGGAAUCACAGCUCAACUUGCUGGAGUGAAGCAAAGGCAGUGGUCAGAGGAAGCUUCCAUCGUUUUCAGGAAUCAUGUGGAGAAGAAACCUCUUGUGGCCCAGCUGGAGGCGAUACAAGAGGCCCCUAAUCCCUGGGACAGGAAGGCGACAGUCUUCCUGGUUGACACUUCACAAGAAGAAAAGGACAUCUGGGUGCAUGACAUCAUGGCUGAAUUUGCUGAUGAGCCGACCAAUGAGCUGUAGACAACAGAUGUCAGAAACAGUUGUCACGCUGCUCUAUGGAGGCACUAAAAGAGUUGCUCAUCCAUCUUUCUCUAUUAUUUAGGAGGACUUAAGAUAUAUGGUUUUAAAAAGUGUAGUAGUUAGGGGAAAUUGGGACAUUGAGUGGUUUGAUAGCAUGUUACCGACAGAACAUAAGAGGUUUAUGUGGUUGUUGCCGCUUACUUCUUGUUUUGGGGAUGUUAAUUGAAAGAGUUUUUGAUGUGAAUUUGAAUGACUAGUUUUAUCAUUGGACAAAACACCCAUGCAUGGCUUUGAUCCAGACUUACCAAAUACUCAAAAUGUAAUAUGCAGAAAGUAAAAAUCAGAUGCAGCAAUCCAUAUCAGUCCCACAAGGCGGUAGUUAAAAAACACACGUUUAAGCUAUCUUCUGUGGGGAUAGGUUUUUAUCAGAAGCAGCGUUUCCUCAGCAGUUCUUUGACUGCACUUUAUUUUGGUGUCAGACAAAGUUUACGAUGACCACCUCAACCCUGAAUGUGAGCAUCAUGAACAGUGCACCUCAACCCUGAAUGUGAGCAUCAUGAACAGUGCACAGAAUGUUAAAAUAAUCUCCAAUAAGCUUACACGAGCUAAAAUUCAUCCGCUAACAAUACGAUGUGCUUUAAGACUGUAUUUCUGAUAGUCAUGGAUAAGUCACUGGAUAAGUCAAUGAGUCAUGGGAAGCAGAUGUAAUAAAGAGAGCAGUUUAUUUUCUCAAUUAGGAUUUUCAUGACUAGAGACAUUUAUUUAUUAACUUAGAGACAGGGAACAUUCACCGUUUUUUGUUGUUGCUAAAACAGUCUUAAAUUUCUGCUGCCAAUGCCCCUUUAAGAACUGCUUAUAACACAGUAAAAUUCCAUUAAUUUCCAAUUCAACACAUCUCUAUGCGUGAGGGAAAGGUCAUAAGGUUUGGACAACAUCUGCAGGUGUUGCUGAUGUUGUCCAGGACUCUGGAGUGGAGAAUUAACAGUGUUGUUAUUAUUGGACCAGUACAGUUAUGGACCUAAAUGGGGAUCAGUAAAACUAGAUCAUUUUAGUUUGGACUUCUGAUCUCUGCCUUUACUUGUGUUGCAAACUAGUCAAGUCCCCAAUCUCAUAAACUAUGGGGCGUCAUUUGUAAAGUUUUGCACACUGAAAAUCACAACCACGAUUCUCCACAUUUAGCUACAAAAUGUCAUAAAAACGUAGAGUAAAAUUUUAAAAGUCACAUUUUUAUCACAUUUAAAGGAAUAUUUGUGAUCUUUUCACUUUAUUUUUGUCGUGACAGAUAUAGUUAAGUUAAACUUACUAAAAAAAUUAUAAUUAUAUUAUCUAAAUGACGAAUCAAAAUGUUGAUUGUUAAAUCUAAAUGUUAAAUGUUAAAUGUUGCUCUGCGAUCCUAAAUAUUUAGCUAAUAUGCAAUUUCACUCUGCCCCCUAGCAGAAAUACCCAAAUAAAAGCUUCAUAAAGCGACACAGACUUAGCAAUACCAACUUAACUUGUCCGUCCCAUAGACUGGUUCUGUUCUGUCUCUGAGCGUUGUAUAAUCUCUGAAUGGCCUCCAAAACUGCCACCAAUAUUUUCUGCUAAAUCAGAGCACAUUAUGGACGGCAGGCAGUCCGGCUGGUAACUUGUAGGAGUCCAUCCUGACUGUGGUUGAGAUAUCUGUAUUUUAGAUUUAACAUUUAGAUUUAACAAUCAACAUUUAUAUUUAACAUUUAGAUUUAGAUUUAACAUU